GAUGAGAAAUUCCGAGAUCUAUUACUGAAGUUGUUUACCUAUGAUACCAAACUAUGAAGCUCAGUACAAGUAUCAAGAUCUAGAAUCUCUAGAUCUAAACUCGUAGCGGUAUUGUUAAUCAAAAGCUUGAAUAUGUUUGUUUAUCUCAGCAAAAAGAUUGCCAUUCCUAAUAACACACGUCUGCACUGUGUAUCAUGGAAUCGACAACAUGGUUAUAUUGCCUGUGGUGGGGAUGAUGGACUGCUCAAAGUUGUAAAGCUUGAAGCUCAAACAGGGCGAGAUGCAAAAAUCAAAGGACUUGCUGCACCUAGUAAUCUAUCGAUGAAUCAGUCACUAGAAGGGCAUAAUGGGGCUGUUCAAGUUGUGGCAUGGAAUGAACACCACCAGAAACUGACCACAAGUGAUCAGUGUGGAUUAAUAAUAGUAUGGAUGCUUUACAAAGGAUCAUGGUAUGAAGAAAUGAUCAACAACAGGAACAAGUCUGUGGUUAAGGGUAUGAAAUGGACUUCAGAUGGACAGAAAAUAUGUAUCGUCUAUGAGGAUGGUGCAGUUAUUGUUGGUUCAUUAGAUGGAAAUCGUAUCUGGGGAAAAGAGCUGAAAUCCUUACACUUAGCUUGUGUUGAAUGGUCGCCAGAUGGUAAAAAAAUUCUUUUUGGGAUAGCAACUGGAGAAGUGCAGGUGUUUGACAAUGUUGGCAACUUUAUAAGCAAGAUGAAAGUUUUUUGUCUAACCAAUGUUACUGGUGCCAUCCAAAUAGCUGGGCUUGAGUGGUACAAUGGCCAGAGUGGCUUUGUUGAACCAAACUGUCCCACCCUGGCUCUAUGCUUUGAUAAUGGAAGAUGUCAGAUCAUGAAGAAUGAAACUGAUGAAGAUCCCAUUUUAGUGGACACUGGUAUGCAAAUAGCACAAGUGGCCUGGAACCAUACUGGCUCCAUCCUUGCCAUAGCUGGAACACAGCAUGCUGUUGGUCAGGACAAAGAGGUCAACGUUGUCCAGUUCUACACACCAUUUGGUGAGCAUUUGAGAACUUUGAAAGUCCCUGGCAAUGAUUUGUCUUCCUGUUCCUGGGAAGGUGGAAGUCUUCGCAUAGCUCUUGCAGUUGGGAGUUUUAUCUACUUUGCAAAUAUUCGAUUGGACUAUAAGUGGGGAUACUGUUCAAAUACAGUGGUUUAUUCAUUUACAAAGCCUGAUAGACUUGAACACUGUGUUGUAUUUUGGGACACAAAAAACAUUGAGGAAGAAAGUGAUAGUUCUCUCCCUUUUUGGGUUUCAAAAAUUCUUGUUGAAGAGAAGAAGAAAUAUAUAAAAUUUGUGAAAAACCUAAUAGCUGUCACUGCUUUUGGAGACUAUUGCUGUUUGGCUACCAAAAGUGAUGAGCCACCUAAUCAAUAUGUUCUCGUCCUGUGUAAUUCUAUUGGAACUCCCCUUGACUCCAAGUACAUUGAGAUGGAGCCUGUAUACCUCUGUAUGACCAAGUCACAAAUCAUCUGUGCCUCUAAGGAAGCAGUCUACUGCUGGCAGUUUAAAAACCCAAAGAAAUUAGCCACCCUGGAGAUUGUUUCUAAGAGGAAAGCAGGCUCUGAAAGGUUGGUUCACAUUGAUGACAUUCCCUCUGGAUCAUCUACUGGUCAAGAGGAAAUUAAUUUCAGAAAAGCUGAUAAUCCAACUGAUGAUCAAAUUUGUUGUAUCUGUGCCUCUGACAAAACUCUUCUUGUGGGGAGGGAAUCAGGAAUUAUGGUGCGCUAUUCACUGCCAAUGGUUGCCUUGACGCACAAAUACUCACUAACAUGUCGACCACAUCAAAUAAGCUUGAAUUUCUCCUCCAGCCGUGUUGCUAUAAUUGACAUAGCUGGAGUCUUAACUUUCUUUGACUUGGAUUCCCGAGUUACAGAUUCUGAUGGAAGGGAAGUAAUUGGGGAGCAUCUCAAGUUUGAACGCAAAGAUGUCUGGGAUAUGAAAUGGGCUGAGGACAAUCCAGAACUUUUUGCUGUCAUGGAAAAGACCAGGAUGUACAUCUUCCGUAACCUUGACCCCGAGGAGCCUAUUCAGAGUUCUGGCUACAUCUGCCAGUUCAAUGAUCUGCAAAUCAAAUCAGUUCUCUUAGAUGAAAUCAUGAAGGAUCCAGAAAAUCCAACAAAGGAUGAUAUCAUAGAUUUGGAAAUAAAGUCUUUACGAGACUCUCGAGACCUUCUAGAAAAAGUUGGCAUCACAGAAGCGCAGCAGUUUAUUGAAGAAAACCCACAUCCUCGCUUAUGGCGUCUCUUAGCAGAGACUGCCCUGGAGCAGCUAAAUUUAAAAGUUGCCGAGACAGCUUUUGUGAAAUGUAAAGACUACCAAGGGAUUGAGUUUGUCAAAAGACUGGGCAAUUUGCAGAAUGAUAAAAUCAAACAAGCGGAAGUUGCUUCAUAUUUCAGAAGAUUUGAUGAUGCUGAGAAAAUUUACUUGGAUAUGGACAGGAAAGACCUUGCUGUAAGUUUAAGAAAGAAACUAGGGGACUGGUUCAAGGUCAUACACCUGUUAAAAAAUGGUGCAGGUGGAGAUGAUUUACAGCUGGAAGAAGCCUGGAAUGCUCUUGGAGACUACUAUGCUGACAGACAAAAAUGGAAUCAGGCUGUUACAUAUUAUGUACAAGGGAGGAACCAAGAAAGAUUGGCUGAGUGUUAUUACAUGCUUGAAGACUAUACUGGCCUUCAAAACAUGAUAAACAGUUUACCAGAAAACCACAAAUUGCUUCCUGACAUAGCAGCCAUGUUUGGUAGUGUUGGUAUGUCAGAUCAAGCAGUAGAAGCCUACACAAAGUGCAAUAGGAUAAAGGCAGCCAUUGACUGCUGCGUGAAUCUGAACCAGUGGAACACAGCUAUUGAACUAGCUAAAGCCCACAAUGUGAGAGAGAUUGACAUGUUGUUAGCCAAGUACGCCCAGCAUUUAUUGGAGAAGAAAAAAGUUCUCAAUGCCAUUGAGCUGUACAGGAAGGCAGGACACUACAUGGAUGCUGCCAAGCUGAUGUUUAAGAUAGCAGAUGAUCAAGCAAAAAGCCGCAAAAAUCCUCUGAUAAUUAAAAAAAUGUAUGUACUUGGAGGACUGCUGGUAGAACAGUAUCAUGAAGCCAUGAAGCUCACCUCUAGAGCCAAAGGAAAAAAUAAACAGGCUUCAUCAGCUUUGGCUGGUUUCUUGGAGGAAGAUGCAUCAGCAACAUCAGACACUAAAAUCAUAGACAAUGCUUGGAGAGGUGCAGAGGCUUACCACUUCUACAUAUUAGCACAAAGGCAGAUGUAUGAUGGUUAUGUUGAUGCUGCUAUGAGGACAGCUCUACAUCUAAGGGACUUUGAAGAUGUGAUAGACCCCGUCAAUACUUACUCUUUGUUAGCUUUGGCAGCAUGUGCCAAUAAGGCAUUCAACAUCUGCUCUAAAGCUUUUAUCAAGCUAGAAUCAUUGGAAUCACUGACAGCUGAACAAAAACAACACUAUGAAGAACUGGCCAUGGAAAUCUUUACAAAACACAGCCCAAAAGAUUCAAAGGCUGGGAAAAUUGACUGUCCUCAGUGUGGCUCUUCUAUGCCAGAUUGGGCAACAGUUUGUCCAAGUUGUGAUUCAAAAUACCCAACAUGCAUUGUAACUGGAAGACCAAUACUUGAGUACCAGUUCUGGAUGUGCAAUAACUGUAAGCACAGAGCUCUUCAGUCAGAAAUUACACACAGAAAGUGCUGCCCCCUAUGUCAUUUUCUAGUUUAAUGAUUCACCUUUUUUUGCUAGAAUGCUGCACACUUGUUUAGAAAUGAAAUUUUUGUUGUUAUAUAAAAUUAUAUUCUUUUUGCAUUAAAAAUUUAGGUAACAUUUAUAUUAUAGUAAAAGUGUUAAGAGAAUUUUUUUCAAAAACUGUUUGCAUUUGUAUACCAUAUAGAGUUACUAAACAAUUCAACUGUAAUUAAAAAGAAUGCAUUUUUGUUUCAUCGCUAUUAUCUAAAGUAAUGUUUAUAUUAAUAUCUAUAAAACUGGAGUCAAAACAAUCUAUAAAUAUGAAUCUCUUUUUUUUUAAUCAAACCUGCCUUUUUAAUUGCAAAAUGUGUGAAUAAAUAUCAUUUAUCAUUUUAACUAUCAUAUAACUUAUCAUGUUUACAAAAUGGGUGUGUAAUUUAACUGCAAACUUUUGUUAUUUAAGAAAAUACAUAUGAUAAAUUCAUUUUGUUUUUCCUUAAAAUUGUAUAAUAGACCUAAAUAUUUUUUUAAAAAGCUUAUAUUGUUUUUAUUUUUGUUCUUGAAAUUUUAAAAUAAUUAAAUGCUAUACUAUUUCCAUUGAAAAUUGUUAUAUUAUUAUGUUUGUUUGUAAUUUAUACUUGAUGUUGAUUGUUAUUUUUAUAUAUAGAUAGGC